AUGGUGAAGGCACAGGUACCAGAGGAUGAAGCAGUUGAGUGCGUCGAUACCAAACGGUUUGGCGUAUGCGAAUUUUUCAAAGAUGAAGGAUUUUGCAAUGAACCAAAAACAAUAAAAAAGUUGCAACGAAAAUGUGAUUAUUCUUGUGGAUGGUGUUCCAAAUCAAAAGCGUGUGAAGAUGUAGCACCUUACAUAAAUUGUGAAUCCUUGACGGAACAAGAGUGUCGAAGCAAUGCACAAUUUUAUAUUACACGAUGUAAAAAAUCAUGUGGAUGGUGUGACGGUGGACCGAAAGAUACUUGGGGACCAUGGCAAGAAUGGAGUGCGUGUUCAGUAACCUGUGGUUCCGAUGUUGGAUUUAGAACAAAAACUAGAAAGUGUUUGUCAGAUUCUUGUACGGGAAACGAUGCAAAGCAAGGAUUUUGUUCUGCAAAUAAGCCAUGUGUUGAGUGGAGCGCAUGGAGUGAGUGGAACAGAUGUAGUGUAACUUGUGGAAAUGGAACAAGAGUAAGGAACAGAACUUGCACAGUAGUAGAUGAAUGCAUUGGACAAAAUAUCCAGAUUAAAAAUUGCGAACUUUCUGAAUGCGUCGCCGGAGCAAUACCAUUUGACGAAUGGACGACAUGUUCCCGACCUUGUGGGGGAGGAUCCAGUUUUUUUAUCAAAUCAUGCCCACAAUGGGACAGAAAAAUUUGUCCCAGAGAAUACGAAGAUUGCAACACACAUGCGUGUCCAUACAAAAACUGCAUCGAAUAUCGUUAUGGAAGUCAAUACACUGAAUGCUGUGAUCAAUCAGUCGAAAAACAAUGUUUCAGGGUUGCAAAGAGAAUUUUCAGUGGAAGUAUCAGUUCAGCUAAACGAUUCCCUUGGAUGGCACGGAGAAAUUCGUUUCCGAUUAGGACGGCGAUCUUUCGUGGAAAUAUUUCCUCCGUCACUCGAUUUAAAUGGAUGGCUCGAAUUGAAGUGAUUGGAGGAAAAUUGGGUCCUAAAGCUAGAAGAACAAUAUGCGGUGGAACUCUCAUUCAUCCUAGAUACGUCCUUACCGCAGCUCACUGUGUGGUAGAUUUUGACCCAAAACAAAUCAACGUUUUUCUGGGAUCCGUAACAACAAUUGAUUCAUCGUCUUUAAUUCAAAGAAUGUAUGCUUCAAAUUUUACAAUUCAUCCGAACUUCACUGAACCUGCUAAUGAUAUAGCAAUAAUAACGCUGACUGCGGAAGCUAGCAUGACGAAUAAUGUUCGUCCGCUUUGUUUGGCGGAUGGAGAAAAAACACCAAUGGAUGAGAAAUGUUACAUCGCAGGAUGGGGACUAACUCGAUCAGGAUUGACUGCAAGGACAUCACCAAAUCUUCUAGAAGCCAGAAUAAGACACUUACCAUUCGGUGUGUGUCAGAAUGAGUUCUCAAAAACACUAUCACACGGUUCACAUAUGAAUCCUGAUACUAUGAUGUGCGGCGGAAAAAUUGACGGAGGAGUGGACGCAUGCAGAGGCGAUAGCGGCGGACCAUUUAUGUGUCAAAGAUGUGAUUCCUGUGAGUGGUAUCUCGCAGGUGUAACAGCUUUUGGGAGAGAUCAAUGUGGGUCAUCGACAAGUCCUGGAGUUUACAUGAGAAUUACUCAUUACGAAGACUGGAUAAAUGAAGAAGUUGACAAAUAUGACCGUUUCGGAUUGGACUGCCAAUAUUAUAAAAGUUUAUAACAUGUCUGUAUUUAAAAUUAGGUCUCCUAUAAGUUAAUUAAUCUUCGCGGUGAUAAACUAUCUUUGCUACUAAAACCGUUUCCUGCUGAAAGGGAAACUUUAUAUCAGACUUUGAUACAAUAUUUAAACCUUGUGCAAGGAGAAGUAA